AGUUGCUUGUAUUCUAAAAUUCAAACUAUACCAGAUGGAUGUGAAGAGUGCUUUCUUGAAUGGAUACUUGAGUGAGGAAGUUUAUGUGGAGCAACCUAAAGGUUUUGCUGAUCCAAACCAUCCUGACUAUGUGUACAAACUAAGAAAAGCUCUUUAUGGCCUGAAACAAGCCCCUAGAGCUUGGUAUGAGAGACUAACUGAGUUUCUUACUAGUAAUGGGUACAGGAAAGGAGGGAUAGAUAAAACUCUCUUUGUCAAAGAUGAAGGAGGAAAGAUCCUGAUUGCUCAAAUCUAUGUGGAUGAUAUUGUGUUUGGUGGGAUGUCAGACAAGAUGACUAGACAUUUUGUUGAUCAGAUGCAAUCAGAAUUUGAAAUGAGCCUAGUUGGAGAAUUAACUUAUUUUCUUGGGCUGCAAGUUAAACAGAUGGAAGACUCAAUCUUUCUCUCUCAGAGUAAGUAUGCUAAAAAUAUUGUUAAAAAUUUUCCAUUUUCUCUCACCAUGUCUCAGAGUUCUCCCUCAAAGAAAUCGUCUCCUUCCUCUGAAACAGCAUCAGGAUCUAGGGCACCCAAUGUGGUGAGUGAUCAAGAUGUUGUGUUGAAUGUUGUGCCAUUGAACUCUGUUCCUGCUACCGAUCCUGUUCAUAGUCUACCAAGAAAGAUGCAUGCAAGAAAAUCAACUGGUGGAUCUGUUCCUGAAACUUUUUCUGUUCAAGGUAGAGAGGGCUCUGCUUAUGUUCACAAUGCGAUCGCAGAUGAUCAAGAUGGUCAAGAUGAUGCUAGCAAAGAUCAGGGUGAUGUUGAGACAUCUGUUGAUAACAAUGAUGAGAAGACCCCCGGUGCCAAAGAUGUUGAGACAUCUGAAGCUAUCAAUGUUGAAACAUCUGGUACUAAAGAUGCUGAGAUUCUUGAACCUGAGAAAGCUGAAGAGGUUCCUGUUGCUCCUUCUAAAGAAACCCUUAAUGAAGGCCCUACUGUGCAUGAUGUGGUGAAUCUGGAUGAUCUGGAUGAUUCUAUUGACAUUGCUGAUGAUGAGCUCAUCUCUAGUAUCUCUCAUAGAGUCAAGACUCGUAAGGGCAAACAGGUCUGUGAUCAAGAUUUUUCCAAACCUCAAGUUACUCCUCAAAAGAAGGUCACUAUAAAGAAGAUCAAGAAGGUCCCUGCUGAACCUUUAACCACUGGGAGCAAGACUGCUGUGAAGAAGAGGAAGGAAAGAAGUGUUUCUGCCCCUGAAGAUGAUGUCUUAAGUGAUGUCCCUGACAUCCCAUCAAAGAAGAAGAUUGCUGUCACAAAAUCCUCCACAAAGGUUCGUGAUGUUCCCCUGGAUAACAUUUACCUGCACUAUGCUUCAAAUGCCAUCCAGUGGAAGUAUGCAUUGCUACACAAAAUUGGUGCUGCUAACUGGGUGCCUACCAAUCACACUUCUACCGUUGCUGUUGGCCUAGGAAGAUUUAUUUAUGCUGUGGGAACCAAGACAAAAUUUGACUAUGGGACUUAUAUAUUUGAUCAAACUAUGAGGCAUGCUGGUACCUCUGCUACCAAGCUUCCCAUUGCUUUCCCAUCUCUGAUAUGUGGGAUAAUCCUCAAGCAACACCCUGGAAUCCUGAAAAGUAAAGAUUCUGUAUGUAAGAGGGAGAGUGCUUUGUCUUUUCACUACAAGCUGCUUCAGAGGUCUGAUGACAUGACAUCUGCUGGGACAUCACAACCCAGCAAGUCUGUGAACAAAGCCCUUCUUAUUGCUGAGCUGAAAGAGACUUGUCAGGAGUUGGACAACAGGAAGAUGAAACUUGAAAAGCUCAUCCAAAGUCUUGAGCAGUCUACAGAUGAUGACCUUGCUGGUGAGAGGGAUGGUGAUAAUAUGAAUGAAGACAAAGGUGCUGAGGAAGAGGCUGAGGAAGAGGCUGAGGAUGCUGAGGCUGAGGGUGCUGAGAGUGGGAGUAGUGAUGCUGCUGAAGAAACUAGUAGCUCAAGUGAUGACAUGACUGGUGGCUCUAGUGAUGAAGACAGUGAUGGGUCUGAUGAUUAG